CCUUUCCAUCCUCCUCCUUCCAUCAAUUUUUUCCCCUGCAAAAUUACCAUCAAUCCAAAGAGACAGAGACUAUUAUUUAAGUUUAAACGUGACUCACCACCUCUCUCUCUGUCCGGUUAGAUUUAUAAAGCAAGGAGUUUUGCUAUUGGUUGCGGAUUCAAAUGCUCGGAUCUGCUGGUGGUCAUAUGGCCUCCAGCUUAAGGAAGUCAGUGCAAAUUGGUUGUUUUGUUGCCUGAGAAGUAUUUUCUAAAUUACGAAGGUCAUUUAUGGGGUAAGACGGAGGGGCGAAAUGGUUUUGCAUUUUAAGUAUUUAAGGAAAUGGAGGAGACUGAGCAAGGGCCUUCUAGUGCAAAAUGGUGGCAUUCAGAUUUUACGGAAAAAUUUGAGUCUGUUUCCUUGGGUUCUAAUGAAGAGACUUUGAGUGGUAAAGAAUUACCCGGAAAUUUUGAUCAAGAUGGAUUGUCAUUUCAGACAGCAUCACAGAUUCUGUGGAGCACUGGAAUGCUUUCUGAACGGAUCCCAAAUGGUUUCUAUUCAGUCAUCCCGGAUAAGAGACUCAAGGAUCAUUUUGAUCGUAUUCCAACAUUGGAUGAGCUUCGUGCUUUGGGUGGAGAUGGUUUUAAAGCUGAUAUCAUUCUUGUGGAUACUGACAAAGAUAAAAAGCUAUCAAUGCUGAAACAGUUGAUUGUGACGCUGGCAAAAGGAUUGAACGCUAAUCCAGCUGCAAUGAUUAAAAAGAUAGCGGGAUUGGUUUCUGAUUUUUAUAAACGGCCAACACUGGAAAGUCCAGCAAAAGCUGCAGUAGAGGAAAUCUCCCACAUCUUUGAGAAUCGAGGUGUUCAAAUGUUGGGGCAAAUAAGGCAUGGUUCAUGCCGUCCUCGAGCAAUUUUGUUUAAAGUUCUGGCAGAUACUGUAGGUCUUGAAAGUAGCCUCAUGCUGGGUUUACCAAAUGAUGGGGCUGUUGAGUACAUAGAUUCUUAUAAGCAUAUGUCAGUAAUAGUUGUGUUGAAUUCUGUGGAGCUACUAGUUGAUCUUAUGCGAUUUCCGGGUCAGCUGAUACCACGGUCAACAAAAGCUAUUUUUAUGACCCACAUAUCAGCAGCUGGGGAGAGUGAUUCUGCUGAAAAUGACUCCUGUGAUUCCCCAUUGGAGCCAAAUAGUCCUCUAUAUGGACUUUCAGAGAGAGUUGAUCCUUACAGUGCUGACAAAGAAGAGAGCCAUCAGUUUCCUCGGAGAAUGGAUUCUUGUGCAAAUAUAUCUAGUUCUUUGUUGCGGAAUAAGAUGCUACAGUCUAACACGUCUAUUGAUAGGAAGUUAAGCUUGUCACAUAGUGAACCCAACAUUGCAACUGCAUUUUGGCGACGCAGCCGAAGAAAGGCCUUUGUUGAACAGCGAACUGCUAGUUCCAGUCCAGAAUAUCCAUCAUUUCGAGCACAUGCAAGGUCCAUGCUGGGUGGUGACAGGAAUUCACUUAGAGAUUAUAGUGAUGAGACUGCUACAUCAAGCUAUAGAUCAGAUGGUCCAUCAACAUUGGAAGCUCGUCGAAUAAGAAGAAGAAGCAUUAGCAUGACCCCUGAGAUUGGUGAUGAUAUCGUAAGGGCAGUGCGAGCAAUGAAUGAAGCCUUGAAGCAAAAUUGCCUUUUGAGAGAGAGGAGGGACGACAAGCCUUUUGCUGAUCCUUCAAAUGACACAAAUGAGAAUUCAAGUCUUCAGAGAACUGUAUCAAGUUUUGAUAUUGAUGUCGAUGAUUAUAUAUCUGGUGGGCAGUUUACGCGGGAGCAACUAAAUUCUCAUAAGGCUGUAUCACUGCCUUCAUCCCCACACACAUAUAGGAGUGAAACCUCAGAAAGAAGUAGACCUUCAGACUAUGUGCCGGAUGAUGAAAUGGUCUCAACAUGGAAGAAAGUUCUUGAAUCUCCAAUGUUCAAUAACAAACCUUUAUUACCUUAUCCAGAAUGGAAUAUCAAUUUCUCUGAGUUAACUGUGGGAACUCGUGUUGGGAUUGGGUUCUUUGGAGAAGUUUUUCGUGGAAUAUGGAAUGGAACAGAUGUUGCAAUCAAGGUGUUCUUGGAGCAGGAUUUAACUGCUGAGAACAUGGAAGAUUUCUGCAAUGAGAUAUCAAUUCUUAGUCGACUUCGGCAUCCUAAUGUUAUCUUAUUUUUGGGUGCUUGUACAAAGCCACCGAGGUUAUCAAUGGUUACAGAAUACAUGGAGAUGGGAUCAUUGUACUAUUUGAUUCAUUUGAGUGGUCAGAAGAAGAAGCUCAGCUGGCGGCGGAGACUAAAAAUGUUGCGUGAUAUCUGCAGGGGUUUGAUGUGUAUACACCGUAUGAAGAUAAUUCAUCGUGACCUAAAAAGUGCAAACUGUCUGGUGAAUAAGCAUUGGACUGUGAAGAUAUGUGAUUUUGGGCUCUCUAGAAUAAUGACAGAAACACCCAUGAGAGAUAACGCUUCUGCAGGAACACCAGAAUGGAUGGCCCCUGAACUUAUUCGUAAUGAACCUUUCACUGAAAAAUGUGAUAUUUUUAGUCUUGGUAUAAUAAUGUGGGAGCUCUGCACCCUAAAUAGACCAUGGGAAGGAGUACCGCCAGAGAGGGUUGUUUAUGCUGUUGCGAACGAAAGAUCCCGGUUGGAGAUUCCUGAAGGUCCACUGGGCAGACUAAUAUCAGAUUGUUGGGCGGAACCACAUGAACGACCCGGUUGCGAGGAGAUACUUUCCCGCUUGCUUGAUUGCGAAUAUUCACUCUGCUGAUUGGAAUCUCUUUCUUGUGUAUAGACAACAUGGUAGAGGUGUUACAAUGUGUGUCGGCUUCCCAACUUUGUAGGCUAAAUUUUUCUUAUAAUCAAUGUAAAAACAUAGC